UACGAGGUUUUUCGCUCCCGAAGUUCACGUUUAUUGUUUUCAGUUUUGUGAGAUAGUUUCGUGAAGUCGGACUCGAAAAUUUUUGAAAGUGUGAACAGACCAUUGAAACAGAAAAUGGGUGACGUCACAACAUAGCUAUCAAACUUUCUGUUCUAAGGAAGAAAUAUAUAUCUUACUUUCGAUAAUUAUGAUUUUACCGUAAAUAUCAUAUAUAUACAGACUAUAUAUAUUUUUCUUUAUUGCUGGAUAUACCGUUAGAAUUUGUUUUCCAUAUAGAGAAGAAACGUUUGUUAACAGGAAUAGUUUUUAAGGAGACUUGAUAUACAAUUUUUUUCGAGAUGAUUCGAUUGGUGAUACUCAUAUUUGGAAUUUGUUUCGCUACCCGAGUACAUUCGGCACACCUCGUGAGUCCGGUCCCUCGGAACACCAUCUGGACUUAUUCGUCUCAACUGGAUACAAAGGGAGAAGUUCUUGAUUGUGGAGGAGUUGAAAGACAGUGGAAUAUCAAUGGUGGAAAAUGCGGCGUAUGUGGAGAUCCGUGGGACGGGCCUCGUUUUCACGAAUUUGGCGGGAAAUACGCUCAAGGGAUCGUCGGGGGCAUGUACAAAACCGGUAGCACUGUACAAGUAACAAUUGAAAACCCUGAAAAAGUCGGUGGAUACAUAGAAUUCCGGCUGUGUGACGUCACGACAAAAGGACGAGAUCUCCAGCAGAGUUGUUUCGAUAAACACGUCCUCUUGUUUAGCGACAACAGAGAGAAGAGGCAGCGAGUGAAAUCUCACGAGACUUUUGUUGAUGCUUACGUCGAACUUCCCGUUGGACUUACCUGCAAACAGUGUGUCUUGCAGUGGUCUUUCGUCCAAGAUAACACCAAAUGCCCAAAAUGCAUGGAAAGACGAACGAUUCGAAACUGUGCUGAUAUUCAGAUCACCGACCGCAUAAUGAGACGUAAACGACAGGUCCAGGGGUGGCAAAACCAACGCCAGGAUCACACCAACCUAGGAAAGAGAGUGGAAUGGCUAGGUGUCCAAGCGAAGAAGACCAUCGACAACCACAAUGCUGCUAAAAAGCCUCUGGUGAUGAAAGAUGCUGAAAUUUACAGAACAGAGCUGAGAAAGGUGGAGUCCAUUGCUCCUAAACCAAGUCCUCCUGGAAUUCCAAAUAACAAUCGUCAGCAGUAUUAUCAGUUACAACACCAGAGGGCGUUGCAUCGACAGAAUGGACAGUUUGGACAACAGCAAAAUGCAAGUCCGACUAGGUAUGCUCAGCACAACAGUGAAAUCAUGGGUCAAAAGAGACAUCGGCCAAGCAACCAGAAUUUCAAGCUCACCCAAGACGCAAGGCCCAAACAACCAAAGAAGAACCAGGUAGAGCCCUCUCCGGCGUUCGUGAACCCUGACAGCAAUCCCAAACCCACACCAACACAAGCAAAUCAAAGACCAACAUCUCAAUCGCAGCACCCAGGUCCAAAACAGGGCGAUCAGUUCACGCAUCCCCAUCGUAAACAACACAAGCCGGCGAGUAUGAAUCAACACAACGUACAACCUACCAAUCAACCGAUGAAUCAGUAUCAACAUGGAAAACAUCCAAAUCAACCAGUCUAUAAACCUAACGCUGGGCAUCAACAACAAUAUCAGAGUCAGUUCCAACAAAGAAGACGUCAACAUCAACAACAGCAACAGAAUCAGUGGUAUCCACGUAAACAACACCAUCGUCAACAGGCUGGUUUUACCAACAAUAAUAACAAAAAUGGAUGGAAUUGGAAUCAAAACAACAACUACCAACGCAUGCCCCGUCAGCGAGGUUCGUUGUCACAAACGCAAAACCAGCCAUCGAAACCAUCUGUAUCCAUGGAUGGUGUCGGAGGCGCGUUUAGUUCACAGUUUGACAAACCUUCUGGAGGACUUUCAAGCAUGCCUUCUGAAAAUCCUAGCAAAACCCAGUUUAAUGAUAUGGUUGCAAAGACCCAUUCUGGGGGAUUUUUAGCUUCUCAAGAGAGCUUGUUACCAAGGUCUUCCAAUCCAAAUCAACAGUAUCAUCACAACAGAAGGCCCCCGACUCCACCUUCUUCCGGUUUAUACCCAUCCAAUGAUGUGGUUCCGUCCGUGUCGUCGGGAAAUUCCCCGCUUAGCAACUUCAAGGGAGACACGCCAAUUUCUAUAGACCGACCUGCAAUGGAAAUGAACCCAGAUACAAAACAGAUAAGAAAUUUUGUUCAGCCUGCAGGGUUUAAAGAAAUACCACGUUUUGAUUUCGUUCAUGCUCCGGAAGUUCAAAGAGAGAGAAUCAAGCCUAAAAUUAUACAGAAUCAAUCGACCACUCCUUCGCCUAGUAAUCCCCAGAGGGUUGCAAAUACUGGUGUGAAACAACCACAAACAGUCAAUGGAAAUAUGGGAAAUCAACCAUGGCAAAACAACGGCUGGCAGGGCUUUCAGCCAAACCCACAGCCAACUCCAGUGCAGCAACCACGAUCCCCCCAGUCUCCUUCUUUAAAUUUACAGUCUAACACAAGAUCACAGCCCAAACAACCACCAAGUUCAUCACCAACUGAUGUACCAGUAAAGGUUCAACCAAAUCCCCAAUGGUUAGAUUCAACAUUUAAACAACAAGGAACCAAGAGCAACGUUCAGCGUAUCUCAAGUCAACAUGGCUGGAUGAGCAACAAUGCACCAACUCCAACAAAGACAUCAGUAAAUGGCCAAAACCAAAAACAGAGUCAACGGACAAACACCAGAACCCAGCCUCAAGGAAACAACCCGCAACAGACGCAAUGGCAAAGUAAUAGACAAAACACUGGGUCUAAUACGCAACCCCUUAAAAACCGGCAACAACAACAACAACAACAACAGAUUUGGAAUGGGCAACAGCAACCGCAGGGAAGCAGACAAGCUCAGAUGAGACAAAUAGGCGAAGGUCAACUUCCAUCUCCAACAGCUUCACAGCAACCACCUCAAAAUCAACAACGCUAUCAGAAUUCACAACAAAUUCAGAAUCAGCAACAGAAUAAACAACAACAACAACUACAACAACAACAACAACAACAAAAAGAGCUCUGGAAAGAACACUAUUUACAAGCGCAGAGUAUGAGACAAGGAAAUCCUUCCCCGUCAGUUGUGCCAUAUUCACAAAAUCAACAAAACAAUCCAUCGUACAGGAUCAGACCAAACAAAAAGCCAUUCACACUAAACGCUGAUCCACAAGCUAUGCGAUGGAACCCGAAAGUUGCAAGACAGUUUUUUGGUGGACUAACGGUUUAUGAUCCAAAACCCAGUUCAUCUUCAGGAUUCCAGAAACCAAAAGCCUCGCCACCAAGUUCCCGUAUGUUUCCCCCAUCUACAGCUGCUCCUGUUACAACCACUCCUGCACCGGUGCAGCGUGUUAAUAGAUGGAAUGCUCCGCCGGCACCGGCCUCCCCAGUUGGGCCCCCACAAAAUCAGCAUUCCAUGAUAUCAAAUGUUCCAUCUCAAACGAAUAUAAACACUUCUCCAAACUUUGCACAAAGACAACAGUUCCCAAAUCAACAACAACAAUACCCAAAUCAACAACAAUUUCCAAAUCAACAACAACAGCAACGACAACAGUUCCAAAAUCAACAACAACAACAACUACAAUCCAUACCAUCUCAGAACGCACAGCAGAGCCCACAAAACACACAACAAGUUAGGAAUCAGAAACAACCACCAAGUCAGCAGGCACAAAAUGUUGCAAUUCAAACAACUACCACUAUUUCAACCCCAAUACAGAACAAAGGAUCAAAAGUGUUGGCAGAUACAAAUUUACAUGGAACCAAAAUUAAAGGAAUCAAUUCUCCUUUAUUUGUUCUACAAUCCAAAGCUGACGUCAACAAACACUUAGAUAAAACAGAAGCUCCCCCCGUCACGAAAGCUACUGAUAAAAUGUUAAACAUCGGUGAAUAUAACACGGGCUUUAAAGGUAAUAAGAACCCAUUGUAUGUAGUAGGUUCACCACUUAUGGUUUCCUCUAAAAAGUCUGAACCUUCCAAACAAAUUGAAAUAGUACCAAAGCAGUCCAGCAUGGUACCAAAUCAGCCAAACAGUAACAAUGUUAUGCUAAACUCACAACAGAACUCCAUGUCGCAACACGUUGUACAAUCAAGUCAGCAACAAAUGCCCUCAACUCCUGCCCCACAAGCCUCAGAAAAAACCAGUGCGCCUCGUUCUUUUAAUCCUUUCCUUGGAUCACCCCGACCGUUGCCAAAUCGACAAAGACCAACUGGACCACUCGGUUCUCAGAAAGGCUUUCCCAACCAGGCAAACAAGUUUGGCUCUCUUUUCAUUCAAGGAGCAGUUGUCACAACUUCUACACCGGCACCUACCACAAAUAAUCCCUUCACAACCCAAGGAUAUAGAAUGGGAAGUUUAGCAGCCAUCGGAAUGGGAACUCAGAAUUUGCAGGGAGCAGUAAUUGCUGCCGCUAAAGCAACAACCCCAUCUCCGCCGGUUAUCAAUGCCAGACAGGAGACCUUUUCUGCACAUGGAAGGGGAAUGUUCAGACCGACAUUUACUCGCAAAUUACCUCAGCGAUAUCCACAAAGGUACCCCCCACGGAAUGUCAACAACCAGAGACCUAUCUAUCCAAGAGUAAUGCAAAAUACACCUCCCACAGCAUUAGCUCAAAAUCAGAUGCCACAGGUUAAAACUGUACAACAGACCAGGAAUGCUGCAAAUGAACAGAAACAAAUCAAACCACAAACGGGCUUGUCCCAACAGCAAAGUGUUGCAUCAGAAAAUGUACAACCUAAUAGAAGAGGCCCACCAGAGAAAAUGACUACUUUAGAUGCUAUUAUAUGGGAUAGAGCAGUUCCAACUACUACUGAAUCUCCCAUCACACAAGCCCCAUAUGAUCCUAGCAAAUAUAACAGAUUUAGCAACCAGAACCAAAACCAAAAACAAAAUAGGUUUCCACAAUAUCCAAACGUUCGCAGACCAACACAGAACAGAUUCGGAAACCGCCAACAACAGUCAAACCAGUAUCCACAAAAACCCUCCCUGUCAAACCCAAUGUCAUCAGGUACUCAAUUAAGCAACUGGAAGGGACCUUCUAAACAAUAUCAAGGUGCUACAAGAGGACAGCAAUCCGAGCCUCAUCACCAGUGGAAUAAACAGCCAAACAACCCUAAUAUGUUUUCUGUACAAAACGGACAAUCUCAAAUCCCAGAGAACAAACCAAGACCGGUAUUAAUAGAGAGUCCAAACACACCUGCUCCCACAACUGGUUCCAGACUUAACCAAUUUAUAGUGAGUGGACCCAAACCUCUACAAAGAGCCCAACAGCAAAGUCAAAGGUCGAGCAAUCCUCAGCCAGCUCCAAUUCCUAUACCCGUUAAUAGGAAUCCACAACAAAUCAAAGGACAGUAUCCUCAAAAGACCGUCCAGAAACCUGGAGUAUAUAAUCCUAAGACAGACACAUUUGGUGCUUUCUUGAUGGGUGGCGCUGAUCAUAAAACUGGGGUUGCUGCCGAAAAUCAGAUUGAAAAACAUGGACCCAAUUUGCAGACUCCUGUCAGAAAGGAGUAUGUUGAGCCAAGUAACACUGUAAGUCAAUUGAAACAACCGAAUGCCAUUUAUCCAAGUCAUAUGCGGUACCCGUCUAAUGAUGGAGGAUUCAGUGUCUUGUCCGGUGGACUUUCGCCAUCCAAAAUACACCCUAUGGCUGUAAGCAGAGCUAAGGAACGGCUUCAGCCCUCAGAAAGCCCAAAGUUAUCCGACCUUGGUAAUGUUUUUGGCCGAGAACAGCGAGCUCAUCGCUUAGGAAGCUAUCAAAACGCUCUUCAGCCAGCUGAAUCGAUGCCGUCCGCCGGGAACAGUCAGGUUCUCUGGGCAGUACGAACGACACCGGCUGAAUCCAAAAUAAUUUACCAAGAAGCCUUGCAGAACCAAGCUAUCGCCGAUAAAGGUAAGCCCGUUCCCGGGUUCUAUCGAAGAGACACUGUUGUAGAGAAGCAGCCUCAGUCGGUUGUCCCGAGCAUUGAGACUCCGAGACAACAAUCUCUGUCGAAUGGACCUCUGCCUAUGGAACUUGAAAAAUCGCGAAAUAGUGUUAGGAACCAAAAUCCGUACCCUCAACCUAUACCGAAGCCUAAUAACCAACCAGAGCCUGGUCAACAACAACAGCGCCCGGUCCCCAAGACCAUAGAAGCACCAGUAAAAAUGGCGGUGAUUGACCCGCCUGUUAAAAAACAGCAAAUCCUGAAGGAGGCUCCUCAACAGCAGCUUCUAGAAAAACAACCAGCUGAAGUCCAGCAGUCAACGACAACAGUUAAGCCAGACAUGGGUGUCCAGAGCAACCCGCGUUUAUACCGGGCACCAGAAUAUCACCAGCGAUUCAGAUUCAGAAGCACUGGUUUCGGAAUACCACAAGUUAGACCCGCCUCUAGCAAGGGCCCGAGUAAUGGAGCUGUCCAGUACGCCAAAUCACCGUGAUCAUUCCCAGUCGAAUUAUGUUACUAGAAUUGUGACAAUCUUGUAGUAGCGAUGACGUUAUCGUUGAUUUGACAGUUUAAUUAUUUUCGAUUUUUUUCUUAUCAUCAUAUCAUAAACUAGACAAUGUUGUGCAAAAUACGAGAUUACAAAACUGAGAAAAAAUACGUGUCUUUUUUCUUGUUUAGCUCUGGCAGCAUGGUUUAAUUGGUCGAGUGUUCAAAAUGCAUUGUUUUUUUAAAUCGAUGAAAAUUCACGAGUCGUGAGGACUGUUUUCAAGUCGCUUGACCAACACUUUGGGACGCUGUUCUAUUGUUUCGUCAGGAAACCAUGACGUACUGCAAGGAGUGACGUAUAAAUGCCUUGUUAAAGCUUGUGUUGUUGGAAUGUAUGUAAAUAUUUAUUGAUUUCUUAUAAAACAACAAAAUGAUAUGCUGUUUGUUUAUUUAUGUUUAAGCAUAUUUUUUGUUCCAAUUAAUACGUUUUUCCCUUGUUUAUAAAAACAGAGUUAAAGCAUGUUUUAAAAAAUUAAUUCAACAGAGCAUAUUAAUCGUUUAAAUACAGUUGGUUUUCUUGUUUAUGUUAACAAGUUUAAACAAUUUUUAAAUCUGAUUCCAGAAGAAGAUUGGAAUUUUGCGUACCUGAAUGGUCCUUUCAGAGCUGAAAUGCGUAUUUAAAACUGCAUAAUGAAUUUUAUAAAACACACGGGCUUCAGACAGUGACUGGUAUAUAAAUGUUGACAAGAUGACAUUAGGAAUAUUUAGCAGCAGUUUAGAAGCUACAAACUGUCAGAUAGAAAUAGAUACUCUCACUGAUUCAAGAUGUAAAUUAGCAGAGACAUGAAAUAAAAAAUCGCAUCACUGUUAAGAUGUCUGCGUUUUUA